AUGAAUGGUCUCAACGGUGACAAGGACGAGUUCCCAUUUGAAAUCCCGGAACUUCCAAGUGGUCACUUACUGCGUGUGGAUCUGUUGUCAAACUGGGGUGACGCUACUUAUGUCGGCUUAAAUGCUAUCGAAAUUUUCACGGAUAGCGGAAAGCGGUCAGAAGUGGCCAAGAUCUCUUCAAAUGCAAGCCGAUCUGUGGGUAGUGUGGAGUCGAUCUUCGUCGAGUCUUUCGCAUGUACGGAUCAGGGGAAGAUGUGGAGGGCCGAGAUGGAACCCGAUCGUUGUGUCAGCAUUGAGAUUGAGUUCGUUCAGCUCACCCGGAUUGCCAUGAUCCGUUUCUGGAACUACAGCGAGUCACGAGUUCAUGCUCAAAUGGGAGUGCGACAUCUUCGAGCCGAGCUGGACAAUCUCACCAUUUUCGACGGGGAGAUCGACUGUGCUUUUGCCGACCAUGACACUGUACCCAUGGGAGAG